AGUUGGCGAGUUGUGCUUCCGGUGUCACAGGUCAACUCGUCCGCGAAGAAACAGGGAUCCAAGAAAAUCGACGGACGCUGAUUGAAAAAAAAAGAAAGUAAUAGAAAUCAUGUCUCACACCAUUCUGCUGGUGCAACCCACCAAGAGGCCCGAGGGAAGGACAUACGCCGAUUAUGAAUCUGUCAACGAGUGCAUGGAAGGUGUGUGCAAGAUGUACGAAGAGCAUUUAAAGAGAAUGAACCCCAACAGUCCGUCGAUAACGUACGACAUCAGCCAGCUUUUUGACUUCAUCGAUGACCUGGCUGACCUCAGCUGUUUGGUGUAUCGCGCCGACACACAGACGUACCAGCCGUACAACAAGGACUGGAUCAAAGAGAAGAUCUACGUGCUGCUUCGCCGCCAGGCCCAGCAGGCAGCCAAGUGAAGCCUCUGAGGGCUGGAGGGAGGGAGGAGGGGUCAAUAUGAUAUUACUAUCUGUAACUGUGGAUUGAGUAAUUGGUUUUGAGAAGUUUGACACUUUCUUUUGUUUUUUUUUUUUUGUUUUUUUUUACUCAAGGGGUAUAUUUUAAUGUUUGCCUUAUUAAUAAAGUUUCAUUAAAAAACUUUUCUGAA